CUCAUCUCUGGAAGUCCCCGGAUGUUGGGGUUUGCAGCGGUACUUUCCAAUUAGAGCACCAGUUGCAAGACGGAGGUGACAAAUCUCUGCCGAAAAUACACAUUUUUCUCCUAAAUUUUUCGUUUUCUCCGAGGAAUUCUCCGCAGAUAUAGUUCAAGCACGAUGAAGACACUACUGCUGAUCGCCCUGCUGUGUGUGAUGGUGAACUGUCUCCUAGCACAGGAAGACACUGAGGGAAAACGUCGCAGAGGCAAGAAGGGUCCCCAGGAGGGCUGCAGUGGCUGGACCUGGCAGCCGUGCGUGCCUGCUGAAGGGGACUGUGGGCUGGGACAGCGCCAGGGGACUCAGGAGGGGCCUAACUGUAAAAUACUCAGCAAGACCAUCAAGUGUCGCAUCCCGUGUGGCAGGCGCAAGGAGUAUGGAGACUGCCGCUACCGCCGUGCACCAUGGGAAGAGUGUGAUGCGGACACCAACAUGGAGUCUCGCACGCUGGAGCUGAAGCGGGCGGUCAAGGGCGCGACCUGCGAGUCAGAGGUCGUACAGACACGGGUGUGCAAGGGAGCCUGCAAGUAUCAAAAGAAGGAAGCAACAGACUGUAACGAGGAAAGCAACACCUUCACCGUCACCAAGCAGCUGAAGGAGGGAGACCCCACCCUCUGCCAACAGGAGAUCGUCAAGACCAAGAGAUGUAAGGACAAGAUGGUGGGAGACGGAGAGGCCGUGACUGGGAAGGCUGCAAAAAAGGCAGCGAAAAAGGCUGCCCGCAAGGAGGCACGCAAGGCAGCAAGGAAGGAGAAAAGAGCCAAGAAGCCAGAAAUUAACGGGGAAGCUGCAACUCCCAAGGGGCCGUGCCAGUACGGUGCCUGGAGUGAGUUCGGGGAGUGUGUGGACAACAAGCAGACCAGGACCCGCCCCAUCAUGUCGGGAGCCGAGAAGCGCAGGUGCCAACAGAGGGCCACUCAAGUCCGCAACUGCUAGUCAGCUGUUGCCUGCUCACUGUUGUAAUCUCCAAGCAGAUCAGAUUUUGGCAACGACAGUAUAUAUCCAUGGGCUGAAACAAUUUACAUUGGUCAAUGAGUCUACAACUACUCUAACUGCAUUUAAGUUCACAAGGAUUUGAUUUCGCCAUUAAGAGAAAGUGAAGUGUUUGCGGUAGUUUUGAGUUUGUGAUAGCACUGUAUUUACAUACUGUACAAUUAAGGAAACUCUGGUGCCUUUACGGACAGCCAGAAGACAAAAAAAAAUUUUUGCUGUAGUUUUCGCAGUGAAGUGGUCACGGCAAAAACUGCAAGCAUAAAACUAUCGCAAACAUUUCUACAUUCUCAGUACUUGGCAAAAGCAGUUUAAUUUGAUAACAAUUGGAUUUUGAUACUCUUUGUAUCUUUCAACUGAAGGCAUGCAGUUAUCCUGUUGGCCAAUGUAUACUGUUUUGGGCCAUGGAUACUGUUUUUGCAAUGGAUGAUCUACUUGGGGAUUACUAUGUUGCAGAAGUUGUCAUCUAGACUGGCGUUUAACAGAUAGUAACAGCUUAAGUACAAGGGAUCAACAGCUAGAGAAGUGUGCUUAAGAUUGAUACAAUUUGAAAGCAGUUUCUGUAAAAAGCAUUGUAUGUGCCGUUAGCUCAGUUGUUUUUGUAAAGUACAGUGUUAAAGAGGGGUUGAAUUCUGUCACGUUUUAGUUAUGGUUUUAGUGGUCCUUUAUCUCAAGAAUUGGAGUUUGUCAGGCACCAUGCAGUACUAACUGAAGAACCUAGUUGAUUUUUAUGUCUUCUUAAUCGUUCUUAGACUAAGCAAGGAAGUUAGGUAAGGACUAAGCUACAGUUGUCAAGGUUUCUUUCACUAUAUAUUAUAUUAUUGUGUUUUAUUAGAACCAGGAUGAUAGCCAGUGAGAAUAGUUGUUUGGACAAAAAAUUGUGUCAGAGAUUUAGAAAUGACUUGUUGUUUUAAGACUUGAAAAUGGUCAUCUGCACCAGGACAAUUGCCAAAAGGAAGUUAAGGCAUGUGUUGUUGUCAUACACGAAAAUUGUCUUUUGAACCACAAUAAUAACUAUAAGUAAUCAUGGUAGCUAGAAAUAAGUUGUUGUGACAAAAAGAUGGCCAGUAAAAAAGUAACCAAGUUGAUGUCAAUUAUUCAGAUGUAGUCUCAGUAAAAGGUUGUUGUUGCAACACUUUGUUCCUGUAAUAAUCUUUUAUGUGCAUAUUCCUACAUUUUUUCUAUACGUAAUAGAUUCAUUGAUUUGAUUUUAGCAGUUUGAACUAAAUUCUACAUUUUACGUGAAAUAAUAUGUAGUAUACUCAAGUAAAUGAGCAAAUAUUCAACACUAGGGAAGCUAUUAUUCAACACAUACUUAAAUACAAUUCAAUCUGUACAACUGGAUAAAAAAACGGAUAUUUACUUUCGGACGUUUCGAGUGACAAACGUAACACAUACUCAAGUACUUCACCAUUAAUGUGUACUCAGACAUGUAAAUUCGGUACAUAGAGAACACUGCAAAAGUUGAGUAAGCAUAUCCUAAGAGACAUUGGAAAAAAAAAAAUGUUGGUAAAUCAGCUUAAAAUUGACAUAGUAUUGGCUUUAGCUCUGAAACUACACAGGGUAACAUUAAUGCAUUUAAGUUUGCGGGGACUUACGUUCGUGGUAGUGGGAAAAUGGAGUGUUCACUGUGGUUUUAAGUUCGCGGUAGUGCCAUAUGCAUGAUACACUGUAGUCACAUACAAAUGUACUGUAGUGGAAAAAUGUUUGCGGUGGUUUUAAGUUCGUGGUGAAGUGGCCACCGCGAAUAGUGCGGACAUAAAACUACCUCAAACAUUUCUUCAUGUACAGUAUUUGGAAACAAAUUUAUUUGCUAGGCUUAGGUGUCGACUGUCAUAUAAAACAAGCACGUACUGUACACUACCAGAUGGUACAAUUUCUUUCGGAUGUGCGUUAGUGUUCAUUCAUACUGUUCAAAAGGUCUUGUUUGUAAAACAUUCUCAGUAUAAGUGAUGAUGCAUUGUAUAUUCUUCUAUGUCAACUCACACAACUAGAAUAUAGUGUAUCAGAAUGUA